AGUAUCCUAUAAAGAAGCGUCGAAUAGAACAGGGUUGGAAGUCACACACCGCCUCUGAUGGUCACACCGUAGAAUUACCAUCCCAAAUAAUUGAUAUGCUUGAGAGUGACGAAUUCGUACCUGACAAGCGCAUCGAUUUCAAAAAUGCCAUCCAGAACCUUGGUGCUCGCAAAUCAAUUACCCUACCACAUCUUGGCCAGGAACCCAAAUACUUCGCUAAAGGAUAUCAAGGAAGGACAUUGCUUGUCACUAAACAGAUGAUUGACAUAUGGGACGAACUUUCAGUAGAUAGUGAACAUUCAAUCAAGCGUGUUCUUUCAGGCCCAAUGGGUGUGGGUAAAUCAUAUAUUUCCUACUUCCUUGCAUCUAAAGCUUUUGCUGAAGGAUGGGUUAUUCUCUACAUCGCAGAUGCAUCUGAUCUAAAGGUAGGAUCAUCAAUCAGAGCAGGAGAGGUGAUUUGCAAGUACUUUCUGAUUCAAAAUAAAGAUAUUUUGACUGCCACCAAUCUUGAGCAGAUUGUGCGACAUGCUGAUUAUCCUUCUGAAAAGCUUGAGGUUAUCGUCGCUGAUAAUAUUCUGGACUUUCUCAAAACGUCAGAUAGCAAAACCCUCUUAAUUGUAGAUGAACAUGGUGCAUUAUUUGAGGAAGAUCCCCCACUACCCAAAAGACUUCCAAUUUUAGGUCCUUUGAAGAACCUUACUUUUUGGGGUGAACAUUACAAAAGUGUACGCGUAAUCUUCUCGGGAAUUACACAUGAUAAAUAUGAGGCGAUAUACAUAAAAGAUGGUAUGAGACAAUGGUGGGUAAUAUAUGUCACUCCACUAGAGGAUGAUGUAUUUGAUAUGUUGUUAAAGAUGCACCCCCUUCUGAGUAAACCAGGCAUUAAGGAAGAAGCAAUAACGGUUACAAAUUGCGUGCCACGUGAACUUAUGUACCUAGUUAAGUAUGUUCGGAAUCUAGAUCCCAAUACCACCGAUGUAAACGACUUUAAAGAAGUUCUAAACCAAUUUGAAAAGGAACGGUUUGAACGAAUAUUGGUUAUUGCACAAAGAUAUUAUAAUAGUCUCCAGAAAAAUGAAAAAUUACGUUACUAUGAUUCUCUUGCAAGCAUGUUUCUUCCAAGUAGACCCACUGUGCAGUUUAAUUCGAGGUUCUUAGAUCUUGUAUUAAUUUAUCGGUAUAAGGAAAAAGGAAUUACUCGUUCCUUCCCUCUAUUCCCAUCUGCUCGGAAAGUUCUAUUAAAAACGUACAUGUCAUUUGACUUGCCUGAAAAUAUAAAAAAUCAACUCAAUAUAGGAAAUCUGAAUGGAGAUCAAUUUGAGGAAGCCUUAUUCAAUCGACUUGUGUGCAAAUCUAACAUACCAAUACAACUCAAUACAACGGAUCUCAAUAAUAAUAAUAGAAGUGUUGUUACGCUCCAGUUUGAUGACUAUGCUGUGAUCAAGUCUCCUGCCUUAUCCCUUGGACCUGAUUCUGAUAGAGUCUUAAGUCGCGGCUUUGAAGGAUAUCCUCGAUUCGAUUACAUGCUCGGACCUAUAUUCAUACAAGUAUCUAUCAGUGACUUCGUAACACACAACAGCAAAGCAUCAACAAACAUCGGGAAAGCAUUUGAAAUAAUGUCUGCACAAGCUGGUAUCUCUCAGGCGCAAAUUAAUGGAAGAAACCAAAUUGAGAUGUAUUUCGAUGAGAUGUAUGGUCAUGGUCAUUCUGCCAUGAUAGAUUCACAAAAUAGGUUUGUUGUUAUCAGAAAUGGAACACGAGUGCCUGGAUUUCGUAUUGUCUAUAUUCGAGGUAGUCCUGGAAUUCCAAAUCACUCGAGAAAAGUUCGUGAAUUCCCUGAUGUAGCACAUGUCACCUUUGAGGAAAUCACGGGACAGCUUUUCAGAAACAUUGUAUAA